AUGCCUGAUACAGAAGAUUCUAACCCUGGACUAAUUCAACUUCAAGCUCAAACGGCGAAUAAUCUCCCUCCUCCGGAAAAGUUCAGCGGAGCAAAUUCACCACAACAAGCUGAACUUUGGUCGAAAUGGUUUCGUCGUUUCGAAAGAUAUCGGAUUGCAUCUGGCCUCAAACAUAAACCAGACAUCGAGCAAGUCGGAACUCUACUCUACACUAUGGGUGAAUGCGCCGAUGAUAUUCUUAAAACCCUAAAUAUCGACGAAGAACAAGCUUCGUACGAAGAAGUGAAAACAGCCCUUAACGAGUACUCUGAAAUCUGUCGCAACGUGCUGGUUGAGCUCGCCAAAUUCAUUAAAAGAGUCCAAAGACUGGGAGAACCUGUGGAUUCAUUUAUACAAGACCUAUACAGACUCGCGGAUGACUGUGAGUAUGGUCUACUCAAAAAUGAACUUAUUCGUGAUAGAACAAUUGUCGGAGUGGUAGAUGAUGAACUUUCUGAUCGACUUCAAUCCAAAUUGAAGCUAACAUUAGAAGAAGCAGUUCAAAUUAGUAGACAGGCAGAAGCCAGACAACAAAGUAGAGAGGUUAUAUGGGGAAGUACACCAACUAACACAAACUCCGUAAACAUGGUCAAGCGUGCAGGCCAGAAUAAUAAGCAAAAACACCCCUGGAAAAAACAAUCCCCUCAGAGUAUCAACAAGUGCUCCUGGUGUGGUAACCACCCACACCAAGACCGGAAGCAAUGCCCGGCUAGGAAUGCCACCUGCUUAAAAUGCAAGAAGAGGGGCCAUCUUCAAGCAGUUUGUCGAAGCCAGGAGUGCACAAUCUGUCUUAGCUAA